UCUGGAUCACGACCGCCGGCCGCGUCACUUCUGGUGAUGCGGUGGGCGGACAGGUGAGGGGAUACAGAUGCUGCUAAUUCGGCGCUGGUAUUUGUGGGCAAUGACAUGGUCAAAUGUGGUCACAUGGUAUAGAGUGCAGGUAUUUAUAGGCUCUGCUGACAAGGACCUGAUCCCGGAGAAACCUAGAAUAAUUUAUAGGCGGGCAAAGAAUUUAAAACGAGAACGGACCAGAAGUUAUGUACCAUUGGAGGGGUCAAGAGAAAUAAGAACAAGAAAUGGAGGACAUCAUUUCUGCCUGAACUGCAAUGCUUGCAAAAUAAUAAGAGACCCCUCCACCGCCCUGACAGAUGAAUUUAUGUCUCAAAUUACGAAAAAAAAUGUAUAAAAUCAAAGAUACCAUCACCUGCAACACGGAGGGGGUUAUUUACCUGCUGGAAUGCCCCUGUCAUAAGCAAUAUAUUGGCCAGACAAAAAGAAAAUUAAAAAUUAGAAUAAUGGAACACAUAUAUAACAUAAGAAAAGGACUUCAAUCACACAGUGUAUCAAAACACUUUUCAGACCAUCAUGACAAAAAUCCGAAAAGAUUAAAAUUCAUAGGAAUCCAGAAAAUUCAACAGCAUUGGAGAGGAGUAAUAUUUCAGAUACCCUCAAAAAGAAAGAAACAGAAUGGAUUUUCACUCUACAAACACUACAGCCGAUGGGUUUAAAUGUGGACAUUGAACUUAAUGUGUUCCUUAAAUGAAUAUUUUCCUCUUCUUUAUUUUUAUUUUUAAAUUUUUUAUCGAGAAAAUGUGUCCCUGUAAAAAACACACAUACGUCACUUUUAUUUUUAAUUUUAUACCCAUUUUCACAUAUUCCCAAUAUGGAGUGCAAUACCUGUGGGCCCAUGUGCAUGCCGCUCUUUUAAAGUUUAACUUCCUGGGAGAAUGCUCUGGAAAGUUGUUGCUAAUAAAGUUUUUUUUAGUAUAAAUUACCAAGUGGGCUGAACCUGGGCUAUCCAUGAUUAAGGGCAGUGCGCCUGAAACGAAUCGGAGGAAAGACUGGGAAACGGACUUUUAAAAAACCAAGCUUUCACUUUACUUGCUUCCUCUCGUCAGCACGCAGCUGACCCUCUGGAAGCCGUUAUUGCAGCCGCUUUACAGAUCGGGACAGCAAGGACUCACCGAGCACCGCACAGCGCAAGUGAGCGGCGGCCAGAGAAGAGAACGAGUUGGAGCGGGGGAACCAGCCGGAGGAAGACGGACGUCACCACCUACAAGGUGUCUGUUUUUGGGAGAAAUUAUCCAGAGUUUGUUUGUAGGCAAUUAGCCUUUUUUUAUUUUGGAUUUAUCUGCAAGUGACUUGACAUUUAUUGAGCAGGUGUCUGUUUUUGGGAGAAAUUAUCCAGAGUUUGUUUGUAGGCAAUUAGCCUUUUUUUAUUUUGGAUUUAUCUGCAAGUGACUUGACAUUUAUUGAGCAGGUGUCUGUUUUUGGGAGAAAUUAUCCAGAGUUUGUUUGUAGGCAAUUAGCCUUUUUUUUAUUUUGGAUUUAUCUGCAAGUGACUUGACAUUUAUUGAGCAGAAAUGUCGUAUGCUCCUGGAUUGGUGAUGUCGAUUUUUGUGGCUGCUGAAGCCCUCCCACCCCAGCCCACGGAACCACUCCCACCCCAACCGCUGCCAGCCCUCCAACCGCAAUCGGCUCCUCAUCAACCAAGGCAACGGAGGCAUGCUAGGCCACCAAUUUUCCGUACCCGUGUCCUCCUUUUUGGGAUGCCUGAUGAUGUGGUUUUGCGAAGAUACAGGCUGCCACCUCAUCUAAUCCUAGACACUCUCUCCAUAAUAGAGAGUGAUCUUGAAUCUUCAAUUCGGUAUCCUACAGCAAUAACACCAUUGACACCAUUCCUUGCUGUGUUACAUUUUGUUGCCACUGGUUCAUACCAGCAUGUGGUGGGAGAUCUGGUUGGCAUGUCGCAGGGCCAGUUCAGUAAGGUCCUACGGCGUGUCAGCCAGGCUUUCAUCAAGCGUGUAAAGCAAUUUAUUGCUAUGCCUUUGGAUGUUGGUGCCCUAGAUGUGGUGAAGCGGCAAUUUGAGGAAGGUGGUAGUCGCUUCCCACAUGUUAUUGGGGUUGUGGAUGGCACACAUGUAGCUAUUGUGCCACCAAGACAUAAUGAAGAAAUUUAUAGAAACAGGAAACUGUUUCAUUCUCUGAAUGUGAUGGUUGUUUGUGGGCCAUCCCUCCAGAUCCUGUCCCUGAAUGCGAUGUUCCCGGGGAACUCCCAUGAUGCCUAUGUAAUUAGACAAUCGGGGAUAUGGCAGAGAUUAAGAUCGAGACAAGGACAAGACAUGUGGUUAUUGGGAGACCGUGGAUAUCCUUGCACCCCCUGGCUCAUGACUCCUUACCGUAAGCCCAGGCCAGGACCACAGACGGCAUUUAACUCCGCGCUUACUGCCACUAGACAGCUGGUGGAGCACACAAUUGGUGUCCUUAAAGGACGUUUUCGUGUGCUCCACCGCACUGGUGGCGACAUCAUGUAUUCGCCAGAGAUGGCAAGUAAAAUAGUGGUCCUGUGCGCUAUCCUCCAUAACAUCGCUGUAAGGAGUCGCGUGGAGCUUCCUCAAACAGAGGAAUUGCCUGAUGAGGAGCCAGGGGUUGGGCGGAGAUACGGUGGGGGGAGUGUUUCCCGGAGGGGCAAUGAAGUAAGGGCACGCAUUGUGCAAGAAUAUUUCAGCUGAUUGCUCAUUCAAAAAGUGGACCACCACAACGGCAAGCUGCUGCAGGGAGGCAAUAUCAGGCACCUUCUCAGCCCCCCUCCCCUUCUCAGUCCCCCUCAGCUUCCCAGUCCCCCUCAGCUUCCCAGUCCCCCUCAGCUUCCCAGUCCACCUCAGCUUCCCAGUCCCCUUCUCAGCCCACCUCUCCUUCUCCUUCUGUGCCCCCUUCUCCUCCUUCCCAGUCCCCUUCUCCUUCUGUGCCUCCUUCUCCUCCUUCCCAGUCCCCUUCUCCUUCUGUGCCCCCUUCUCCUCCUUCCCAGUCCCCUUCUCCUUCUCCUUCUGUGCCCCCUUCUCCUCCUUCCCAGUCCCCUUCUCCUUCUCCUUCUGUGCCCCCUUCUCCUCCUUCCCAGUCCCCUUCUCCUUCUCCUUCCAACUCCCCUUCUCAGCCCCCCUCACCCUCUAUUGGCCAAACACUCUCUCCGCCCCCCUCGCCCUCUCAAUCAGACCCACCCUCUGAAAUAACAUCCCCAAUCCCUCCUCCUUCCCCCAUCCAGCCUCCUUCCCCCAUCCCUCCUCCUUCCCCCAUCCAGCCUCCUUCCCCCAUCCAGCUGCCUUCCCCACCCAGUGAAUGGGCAGAAGAAGCCCCUGAAGAAAUUAUUGGGGUUCAACAUGUUGCAGAGGAAAAUGUUGCGGUUGGAAAUCCUACAAGUUUGUCCCAAAUUCUGGGCAGCAUGCGCCAGCAACUCCUAAAUUUAGUGGCAACAGUAGAUGUCAUGCAAAAAUUGGUCUAACCCAAAAAAAACAAAAAAACAAAACUUUUAAAA